AUGGCCAGUCUGAUGAUCAAACAGGGCUCAACCGGCCUCUUCGCCGUCCCCUCAAGCCUGGCUCAGGACAUGGACAAAAAUUUGGCCAUUCUCGAGUCUCGACACAGACCCGCUGCCGCCUUCAUCAGCCCCUCCCUGCGAGGCUCGACAGCGGCUGCUGGUGCCGACGAUGACGAAGACUCGUCCCAGCUCACGCGUACCCUCUCCUCCGACUCCGGCCUCAGCAGCCAGUACGGCGCCCGGUCCAGUUGCGAUUCGCGCUCCUCCUCCAACGGUGACAUCGCCAGCCAUGCCGGCGGCCUGCAUUUGACGCCUACAGACGGUCCCGGCGCCAACGACUUGACCAGCUCGACUGUCCACUCGAACACCAGCCUCGACACCGAGUACGCCGUGGCCGAGCUCUGCGCCACUGUUCAGGCGCUGCCGGAGUCCGAUCCGCGACGACGCCGCUUGAUACAGCGCUUCAACGCGUCCAACGGUGGCCUCCCGCUAAUGCAAGCGCACACGCUGUCUGGCCUAAAGACGACUGUCCAGUCGGUUGUGCCAAACGUAAACGCAAACGCAAACACCAGCUCACCCCAAUCCGCCAACAUCAACUUUGUCCGUGGGUGCAACAGUCGGAAGCCGGCGGAAUUGUCGACAAUGAACACGACUGCGUCAAAAACAAUUCGCUCAUCGCUAAGGAGAAGACUGGCGAUUCGCAACAAUAUUGCUCACUGUUUUCGGAGUCCGACAACAAAGAAGACUGGCGGUAUCAAAAUCGACUUGGCGCAAGCAUUAAAUACGCCUAUACCCUCCCAGGCAUAUUGCUUCAAUUCAAGCGAGCCAUUCUUCGAUGAUGAUCGCUACAUCGACUUUACUCCUAUCCCCGCUGAAGAUGCUCUUCGAGAAUGCGAAUUCGACGAAGUUGCGACGUCGCUCAUGUCAAUCUCAUCGCCUACCGCUGCUACUACCGGUUCAAGUUCGUCUCCAUCCUGCUCCUUCUCCGGCAGUCAUUCAAGUACUUCUGAAGUGGCCCUGUUGUGCUGUCCUCUCGUCGAGGCGUUGACAUCUCCGUUCCGUCGUCUGGUGGCCGAUCGGCAACAGCUGCUCGGACACAACAAGACGACAUUCCACACGUCGGGCAAGCAGAUCGCGAGGCCUCGUCGGAAGACCGGCAGUGAGGCUAAAACAAAGAGGCUGCGCGACUCGUCCGAUUUCGAUACACCCCACAAGACAGUCCAAUCUCACCUCGACCCGGUGACUCCGACCUCGGCAAAUGUGUGCCACAGACCUGUCUCACCGGAGUCGCAGGCCAAGAAGUCGCGAUUCGACUCUGCCGUCGAAUUGUUGGAAGAGAAAGAAAACACAUGCCUCAUCGCAUCCCAAUGCCAUCUCGACUCAACCGGGCUCAACGAAUCCUCGGACUCGCUCGUUCUUGAGCGCAGUCAGAUACUCGACGGCGUCUACUACCCAGUUUGCAUACAGUCGCCAUACUUUCCUCAUCAAUCUGGCAGAAUCAACUCGUUUGCUCGGAGAGAGGAUGCAGGAAGAGCCAAGCAUGUCAUACUACCCAUGUCCUCAGGAUUACAUAAACACAAUCCCAAACAUGAAUCAGCAUUA